AGUUAAAAAAAAAAAAAAGGCUGUCUUGUGCCUUCUCCCAGAGACGUGAUUGGUUAGCGCCGCUGGUGCUCGGUGACGUUGCACUGGAGCGCAAAGUUUGUGAAGGAGCGCGGGAGUUGGAUCGCGGGAAGAGGCAGGUUCCUGGUUUCAGAGACCAUGACAGAGGAACUGGAUUUCAUAGGACAGGACUCAGAUGGGGGCAGUGAGGAGGUGGUCCUAACUCCUGCAGAGCUCAUUGAAAGGCUGGAGCAGGCCUGGAUGAAUGAAAAAUUUGCUCCUGAGCUACUGGAAAACAAGUGUGAAAUUGUAGAAUGUGUUAUAGAACAGCUGGAUCACAUGGAAGAAAAUCUCAAAAGAGCCAAAAAGGGGGAUCUGAAGGUCAGUAUCCAUCGAAUGGAGAUGGAGAGGAUCCGCUUUGUCCUCAGCAGCUACUUGCGGUGUCGACUCAUGAAGAUAGAGAAGUUUUUCCCUCACAUCCUAGAGAAAGAGAAGACGCGCCCUGAAGGGGAACCUUCCAGCCUUUCUCCAGAGGAGUUUGCCUUUGCCAAAGAGUACAUGGCUCACACAGAGACCUACCUUAAAAAUGUCGCCUUAAAGCAUAUGCCUCCCAACUUACAGAAGGUGGACCUCUUGAGGGCAGUUCCCAAACCAGAUCUAGAUUCAUAUGUGUUUCUGAGAGUAAAAGAACGGCAAGAAAAUAUACUAGUAGAACCUGAAACAGAUGAGCAGAGGGACUAUGUGAUUGACUUGGAAGAGGGCUCCCAACACUUGAUCCGAUAUAAAACCAUUGCACCUCUCGUUGCUUCUGGAGCAGUUCAGCUAAUUUAAAAAUAAACAAGUGUGAAGAUAUGGAAUCCCAGAAAACAUAAGAAAGUCUAUGCCACUUUAUGCCUAAGAACAGUAAGGAGAUGUUGCUCCUGACAACAGGCUUAUCUCCCAAUGCUAUGGGCCACUAGGAAUGAAGGCAGGAAUGCUACACUGCCAUCUCAGCCAGCAUCAGCAGGUGGGGCCAUUGCUCUGCUUGUUCUGAAUAUGAGGCAAAUAAAUAAGACUGUACAUCUUUUCAAAAUUAAGCAAAAAUUAUUUUUUUAAAUUACUGUUAUUGUAAAGGUGAUAUAGAAUAGUUACAUAAGUCUUGUAAUGCAUUACCCCUUCCCUUUCUCUCCCUGAGUUUUCCCCUCUUGUCCUUACCCACAUUUUUGCU